AUCACAUCCCAGCAACCGAUCCCAGUAGCCAGGAUAUAGAUUCAAAGAAUGGAAGACUCCCCCGGUGCUGAGCACCUGGCGUUCAUGCAAUGGGCCGAGAGCGCAGGGAUCAAAAUUAAGGGCAUCACGCCUGCCCGAUUCCCCGGUCGACGAUUGGGGAUGAAAGCCACUCGAACAAUAAAAAACAAUGAAAUCAUGCUCACCGUCCCCGUCAAUCUAAUGCUAACCAUCGACUCCAUCCCCUCAUCAUUCACCUCGCAAUUCCCCUCAGGUACAUCCAUCCAUGGGAUCCUCGCUGCGUUUCUCACGCACGCCGAUCCGGCUCUUCUCAAAGAUGUUGAUCCCUGGCGAAAAGUCUGGCCUUCGUUCGACGAGUUCGAGGAUAGCAUGCCGGUCCUCUGGCCGGAACAUCUCCGAGUAUCCAAUUCCAGCUACGGAGCCAGUUCCUCCUCCCCCUCCUCAUCAUCGAAGAAAGUCCUCCUCCCACCAUCCAUUUCAGGGGAAUGGAACUCUUUCUCCAAAGAGCCCGUCGGUGCGGACUACGACACACGAUAUCAAAACCUCCUCAGUCAACAAGAAACCCGGCUACAGGAUGCCUGGGCGCACGUGGUGACUGUCUACCCGGAUACCCAGUGGAAGACCUUCGCCUAUUACUGGUGUAUUAUCAACUCGCGGAGCUUCUAUUACGUCUCGCCGGGGAAGGACGAGCCAGAGGAUUGGAACGAUGCGAUUGGGAUGGUCCCGUUCGCGGAUUACUUUAAUCAUGAUGAUGAAGCGGACUGCGACGUCACCUUCGACGGCAAGAAAUACACUUUUAGAGCUACACGUCGAUACGAAAAAGACGAAGAAAUCUUCAUGAGCUACGGCUCGCACUCGAAUGACUUUCUCCUCGUCGAAUACGGCUUCUUCCUCCCCACCAACCCCUCCGACACAAUCUACCUCGACGACAUCAUCUUCCAAGACCUCACCACAGCCCAGAAAAAAGAACUAGCGGCCCAGGAAAUAUUCGGGAACUACACCCUCCCCCUCCCCCCAUCCACCAAAUAUUCCCCCUCCGGACCCCCCUCACCAAUCCACUUUGCUGCGGCCCUAAAAUACCUUUCCCGACGAGACUGGCGAAACUACAUCUCAGGGAGAUCGAGUCACGGCGUGGACGAGAAGAAAUUGGCGGGUAUUAUUCGGGGGUGGGUGGAGAAGUAUCUGUCCGAGUGUGUGGUUACUAUUGGGAUUAUUGAGGGGAUGUUGGAUCGGAAAGAUCACUUGGAUGGGGAUGGGGAUGGGGAUGGAAUUGGAGAGAAGAUUGGGUCGAGGGCGUGGGAGAGGGAGAAGUUACGGAUGUUGUUGGAGAGGUGGGGGCAGAUCAGACGGUUGUGUGAGGGGGUUAUUGAGGGGUUGAAGUGA